AUGUCGGUGUCUCUCUCCAGUCACCCCGCAGUGAGGGACAGGAGUCUGGGUGUCUACCCGUCUCUGCCCGGCACGCACUACACAGACGUCCUCAAGGGCGCGCACAGCAUCUUCCAUCCGCUCAAGUCUCUGGGCCGCAUGGUGACCGACGCACAAACAAUCUUGCCGUUUAACUUCGCCGGGACUCCGUCUUUUUUCGGCCACAACAGCCACCAGACCGCGGUGUUCCACGAACAGAUCCUCAACGUGUCCAGCAUGCCAUAUUUCCAGCACAUGCAGCCGUCACAAAGCAUGUACACCAGACAUGACGAGCAGAGCACCGGCUCUCCGUCCGAGUUCAGCAGCCCGUCUAGUGGAAAGUCUUCCUCGGCUUCGUCCACUCCGGUUAAGGACAGUUUCAGCUGCCUGCAGGCCGCAGAUCCAUCGCCAGAACAUACGCGCACCUACAGUUUCACAGAGGAAGACCUCUUCACAGUCCUGUACGGAUAUUCCAAAAAACAAGGGCAAAAUGUUGGACAUGCCAUCUCUGGAUUAUCAUUUCCUCCCGGUGCAGCUGAUCGCCAUCUUCUUCCUGUUGAUACCGAAGGAUUUGAACUUCCAGACGGUUUAUUGAUUCUUCAAACUAAUUGUGGAAGCCUUUCCCAUUAUGGAGUAUUUGCUGAUAAAAGCACAAUUCCAAAAGGCACCAGGUUUGGGCCGUUUCAGGGCAAGCUAGUGAACACAAGUGAGAUCAAAACCUAUGAUGACAACACUCUCAUGUGGGAGAUCUUUGAGAACGGCCGCUUGAGUCAUUUUGUGGAUGGAAGAGGCGCUCCAGGGAAUUGGAUGUCCUUGGUAAAGUGCGCUCGCUUUCCCGAAGAGCAGAACCUGAUUGCGGUUCAGUGUGAAGGCCAGAUAUACUACGAGGCCUGCAAAGAGAUCCGAGCCGGUCAAGAACUCUUGGUCUGGUAUGGAGACUGCUAUGUGCAGUUUCUAGGCAUUCCUCUCACCCUCAAGGAGUUUAUUGAUGACACUGAACCGCUUCCAGCUGAAGAUUCUGGAGAGGGUUUCAAGUGUGAUCGCUGUGGUAAAGUGUUUGCUUACAAGUACUACAGAGACAAGCACCUGAAAUAUACGAGGUGCGUGGAUCAGGGCGACAGAAAGUUCCCCUGCCAUCUCUGCAACAGGUCUUUCGAGAAGAGGGACCGGCUUCGAAUCCACAUUCUCCAUGUGCAUGAAAAACACAGACCACAUAAGUGCUCCGUGUGCGGCAAAAGUUUCUCGCAAUCCUCCAGUCUGAACAAACACAUGCGCGUCCACUCAGGAGAGCGGCCUUACAAAUGUGUCUACUGUAACAAGGCGUUCACGGCCUCCAGCAUCCUCCGCACUCACAUCCGCCAGCACUCCGGCGAGCGGCCGUUCAAGUGUAAACACUGCGGGAAAGCGUUCGCCUCUCACGCGGCCCACGACAGCCAUGUCCGACGGACACACUCCAAAGACAAGCCCUUCUCCUGCGACGUGUGUGGAACCACUUUCCAAGAAGCACAAGAGUUGAAAUAUCACAUGAAGACGCACAAAAAACGACCAAUUUUGGACAGCACUGUUGUUGUUCUUCCUGGAGAUGAAAACUCGCUCUUCCCCACCAAAGAUUCUUUACAUGCACAGAAACAGCUGGGAGACAAUUUCUCUUUUCCCGGGAUGACCGGCAUCACCUCCGAAUACAGACCCUGGAACUAA